CUUCUAAUUAGAAGGUGCAUAUUCUUCAACUUUGCUUAGUUUUGCUGAUUUUAAGGUGCUAGAAGUUUUGGCUUAACCUAUUUUUCUGUUUCUGCUCAAUCCAUGGUAUUCUUUUUUUUUCUUUUUCAAUACUUUAUGACUUAUUGUUCUCUUUCUACAUAUGAGUUCUCCAAAAUUUAUGAGCUUCAUACCAUGGUAUUCUUUUUUGGGGAUUGUUUAGAUCUUAGGACAUGGGUUUUUUAUUUUUUAUUUUCAUGGAGCUUGGUUGUUUAACAAUGGAGGUUAGGCUCACUUGGCCUAGUCCAAGGACCUUAUGGGUGUUUAUCAUUUACUUUAUUUCUUAUAUCAAAUAUGCUAAUUUUUUUAUACACACUGGUUUUUUUUUUAUAGAGUCAUUGGGUUCUGCAACAAUACCUGCUAGAAACUCUCCAUCCACUACCAUUGCAAGAAGAUCUCCAUCCUAAAUGAGACAGUGGGAAAUUUAUGCAAGGAGGGGUGGUACUUAGCCUUGGAAAUCUCUCAACUCAGUAUGCUUGGGCUUUUGUUGGCUUAUUAGUCAUAGAAGUGAUCACUGCAAGCAUAACAGUUGUUAUAGGAACAACCUCGAAUUACUUUUUAGACAAUAGAAUUAAUAGAGUCGAGAUCCUUUUCCAUAGCGUUGGCUGCUUCUUUGUUGCAGUUUGCCUUGCUUCUACUGUCCACUCAUCUAAUGCAGCUGAUAAUAAAGAAAAGCUUGAAGGUUUUUCAUCUAAAGAGGGGUAUGUUUCAUUCAUUAAAUGUUAAGGUUAUCAAAGAAUUA